AUGAUUCUUUUUGUUUUCUGUUGGUCAGUGAUUGUCUACAACCCGGUAACAUACUGGUAUUGGAAUCAAAACGGUUGGCUCUCCACACAACUUGACAAACUUCCAGUGAUGGAUUUUGCAGGCGGAACAUGUAUUCAUGUUGUAAGUGGGUUUACUGCAUUGGCAUAUUCAUACAUUUUGGGUCCCAGAAAUCCCAAGAUAGUUUCUGAGUAUAGAAGUUCAAGCAAUAGUUUCAUGGUCAUAGGAAUGUGCAUUCUUCUCAUGGGCUGGUGUGGCUUCAUAUCUGGAUGCGAUUACAAGCUUUCGGCGACAACAUUUUACAUAGUCGUCAACACAUGGCUCAGCGCCUGCUCUGCUGGCAUAGUAUGGACGCUCAUAGACUACUACACCUCAGCGAUCCCGCUCGAGGAACCGGAAUACGAGGGUAUAGAACUACGAGAAUUAGACCAUGAUGGUCUGUGCACCCAGUCGAAUGAUCCCACUACCACCAGCUUAAGGAAGAUCUCAAUGGUAUCUUUCACUUCAGGCGUAGUAUGUGGACUUGUUGUUUUUACUCCGGCUGGUGGGUACAUCUCUUCGCACACAUCCUUCUGGAAGAGCAUUGUAUUUGGAGUAAUCGGUGGUUUUAUUGGCAACUACUCAACUAGACUCAAAUACUACAUGGAGAUCGAUGAUGCUCUAGAUAUCUUCGCAGUGCAUGGUGUUUGUGGUAUUGUGGGUACACUCCUUGUGGGUAUAUUCGCUGAUAAAUCAUUUGAAUCAUCUGGUGGUUGGGUUGUUGGGAACUGGAUUCAGAUAACAUACCAGAUCUUGGGCUGUGUAGUCACCGCAGUCUAUUCCUUCGUCAUGAGUUUGGUUCUACUUUAUAUCAUCGACAUGAUUCCGGGCUUACACCUUCGCACCGAUAAACUCUUCAACACCAGAAUGAGAAGAAGGAAGCAAAAUGGUGGAGUAUCAGAGGAAGGUGAAAUCGAAGAGAUAGCCGAGGAUCUCGGCUUAGAAAGAGCUGAACUCCUAGGAUCUGACUGGUAUGAGCUCAAUGGAGAGUACAGUUUUGACUACAUGGAAUUCAUCAAGGUCGUGGAUCCCAAAGAAUAUGCUGAAUUCAUCAACGCGGAAACGGUUAGCCCCGAAGAAAGCGAAUUCAGCCAAUAUGAUACGAGCGAUUUACAACUAAGGAAAAGGGGUGCCUUUUUUGAUAGACAAUAG